GUGUGCAAACCGACUUCAUCUAGGCUUGUUAAGGAAACGCGGGCUAAACCGGCGUGGGGGGAAUCUCCCAGUCUGGGAGGCUCCCGGGUCAAGCACCUCCCCACGACGCGGGGAGGGUUGAUGAUUCUAUCUCUUCUAGAGGAAGCGAGUUUGGGGUUGGGCUCGCUGUCAUUUCCCGUAGAGGAGAGGAGGAGCGCUUUGCCUCGCCUCCCGAGUAACUCACACGGCUCCCGGUUGCUUAGCAGGCAGGCUCACCCGACACGAGGGAGUGUCGUGUAAACGGGAUCAGCCAUUGAAUUGGUGCAAUUCGGAUCGGCGCUGGUUCAGAAACGGAACCUGGUUCCGGGAGUUUCCAAGGAACUCUUCGAAGUUUGGAAGCUCUCAAGUUGAAAGGGUCUUCGUGAAGGACCAUCUGCCUUGCUAAUACCUGGAAAAAGCAAAAACAUGAAUGAUUAACAAGACUUUCCAGAACGUGCUGAUUGGAAGUCCAAGGAAUCGUAUGAUAGGCAUUAUGCCUAGCUGGGUUAUUAUUUCAAGAUCUGCUGUUGCCACUUUGCCCGGAAAAGGACGCCUCUAUUCCAGAUACGUUCUCUCCCAAAAUCAAGCAUGGAAAAGUUUAUUGGCCAAAGGUCGUUCAGGUUGGUCCCCAGCAAGCUGCAGUUGUCAGGUCAAUCACACGUUCCCCCUGGGAAAAGCCUUCCGACAUACCUCCACGGAAGAAGAAGACUUCUCUUUCCAUUUGACGCCAUCACAGAUCAAUGAGGUCUUAAGGGCGAGCGAGUUGUCCUACACCGUCCCUGAAUUUGACGGGAAAAAUCCCAGCUCAGUAUUGAAAUUCGAGUCCAAUCACCUGGGAGCCAACGUGCCAAUAGAAGACCGCCGAAGUGCAGCAACCUGUUUACAGACGAGGGGAAUGAUGUUCGGAAUCUUUGACGGCCACGCCGGCUAUUCCUGUGCUCAGUCGGUGAGCGAGAGGCUGUUUUCUUACCUCGCCGUUUCUCUUCUGUCUCGGCAAACGCUGGAAGAGAUUGAGUCGGCCGUGGAAUCUAUGAAACCGAUAAUGCCCAUUCUUCAGUGGCACAAACACCCCAACGACGGCUUCUUCCACGAGGUUGCCUCCCUGUACUUGGAACAGCUCAGAGUUUAUUGGCAAGACUUACUGACCUCGGACACAGACCUUGGACUGACGAUGGAAGAAGCUUUGAUCGGUGCUUUUAAAAGGCUGGAUUCAGACAUAUCGUUGGAAGUUCAGGCACCUUCCAAGAAUGAACUUCUGAAAAAUAUCGCUCUACAGGUGGCUUUCUCGGGGGCAACGGCUUGCUUAGCUCAUGUUGAUCAGGCUCAUUUGCAUGUUGCAAAUGCUGGGGACUGCAGGGUCAUCCUGGGAGUUCAGAACCCCAAUGGCUCGUGGUCUGCUUUACCCCUUACCCGAGAUCACAAUGCUUUCAAUGAGUCAGAAAUCUCGCGGUUGAAAGGUGAGCACCCAACUUCUGAAUGGAACACUCUCAUUAUGAACGACAGAUUGCUGGGCGUCCUUAUGCCUUCCAGAGCUUUUGGAGACGUCAUGUUCAAGUGGAGUCAGGAUCUGCAGCAGAGUAUCCUUAAAAACCACUGCAACCUGGAGGAUUUAAACAUCUAUGAGUAUGUCCCCCCGUGUUAUCACACCCCUCCUUACUUAACAGCUGAGCCAGAGGUCACUUACCACAAAAUCAGGCGGCAGGAUAAGUUCUUGGUUCUUGCUUCUGAUGGCCUGUGGGACAUGUUGAGUAACCAAGAAGUGGUCCAGCUCGUUGCAAACCAUACAGUUGAAGAUGAUGUCCAGAAAACUCAGCUCACUUUUAAGAAACCAACCAGUCUGGGGUAUGUGCAAGACCUGCUACUUCGGAGAAAGGCCCGGAUUGCCCAGCCCUGUGACCAGAAUGUGGCAACCCACCUUAUCAGACAUGCCAUUGGUGCCAAUGAAUAUGGAGAGAUAGACCAAGAAAAGCUUAUGGCAAUGUUGACUCUUCCUGAUGACCUAGCACGCAUGUACAGGGAUGAUAUCACAGUUACAGUGGUCUAUUUUAAUUCAGAUGUAAUUGAUAGAUACUAUCAAGAGGAUGAAGAAAGAUCUUGAGUUACAUGAAUUCUGAAGGUCAGGAGCGUUCACUUCAAAUUCCCUGAAACAUUUUUUGCAUGAGAGCCCCAUCCAUAAAAUCCCUGUCCUCCCUUCAGGAGACCAAGUUUAUUUCUCUGUAAGUCUUGAAUUCCUAUAAAAAAACAUUCAUUUUUGGCUUGUAAAAUAAUUUUGGGGCAAUCAUUUGAUUUUAGUGGAACACUUGAGUUUUGUAGUUAAUGGGGUGCUGGGGAGAAACUGGUAAUAGUUGUUUAAGUGGAACCUAAACUUUGUAGCUAGUAGUACAGCUAGUAAUACUUUAGUAGUAUUUCUAAAGUAGAUUGGAAUGGCAGAUAGUGCUCUUCCUCUAUGAGCUCUCCAAAAUGGUUAUCGGUGAAAAGAUUGCAUGCAGGGGAAGAGAUGCAUUAUUUUUCUGAGGACACUUGGGGGUUCAGUGGGGUUCAGGAUUCCAAUCCAUGCAAACUGACUUGUACUGAAAGGCAGAGAUGCUACUCCAAGGGAGCUUACUCUGAUCCUGUCAAAAGAAUUAUAUCCAACAAUGCCCCUUUGCCACUGCAUAGCCAUUCCUGCCAGGUCAAAAAUCCCCUGCUACUAGAGCUACUUAAAGAUACAGCUAUUUUCAUAGGUUUGUGGGAGGGUCAAUGAAACACUUCCCUGAAGCCAAAUUCAUCCCUGCAAUGCUGAAUUUUGUCUUCUGCUCCCAAGUCAUUUGCAUGAGGUUCCUGAUGGCGUCAUCGUGAUACAUUAAUAUGGAAAGCGUCUUCCAGCUAUUUAAGCAGCGUCCACUGUGAUCAGUUUUCCUCCUUACCUUUCUGUUUGAAAGGCUUGCAACAACCCCUUUUCUUUCCUCAUCUGAAUGGCUACUGUUCAUAGGCUGCAUCAAUUACUACUUGAAUACUCGCAGAAAGCACUUCAGGGAUUUCAAACUCCUGUUGAUUGCUUCUGCUACCAUAGCAGUCUUACGUAAGUGUCUCUUGCUGUCUUUAAAAAAAAAAAAAGCUUCAGAAAGGAUUACUAUUCGUAGCUGUGCUGCGUUCUUGAAAGGCAAUUGGAAGACAUUUUACAGUGUAAGGAGAUAAGGGUAUAUUUGCAGCCUUGGUUCAACGCGCCAUGUUGCCAAUGAAUGGCUUUAAUUUCCUAAGAAUGGACAAAUAUUGUGCUUUUUAUUUACGUUUGAUCUUUUAAAACACCUGUUGACUAACAUUCUCUUUGAAUACCAGUCAUGUAUGAGUAAUACACUGGGUUGAUGACUGUUCUCUGAAAAAGAGCAGGGUUUUAUUAAUAGUACACACUAUUCACUGUCUGAAUCAUGAUUUUAGGGAAGUCUGCAACGCUGCAUUUCAUUUCCACGGAACGGUUUGCUGAGUUACACUUUGCAUUCUUCAACUUGCGUUCCAAUUCAACAUGAAAACCGAACCAAACAGUAGAUUUUUCUCUGAAGGAAAUUUCAGAGUUUUUUGAAUGACACAUCUGAUAGCAGAUCUUUUCAGACUGAGCCCAGGGAGAAUGAAGAGUCUUCAAAUGACCCAAAGGAAGGAGCGGCUCAAAUGAAGCAAUCAAGCGAAGCUACAGAAUGGUUGAUUAAAUUGGAUGUACGUUAGAUUAAGAGAAGCAGUCCAUAUCCUCGGUUCUAAGAAUGGCCGGUGGUUUACAGAAAAAGGGAACAAGUUGAUUAAGAAGAAUUGAGAAGUCGGAAGGAAAAACACAAACCUUGUAAUAUAUUGUGCUUAAAAAUCCAGAAAGGGGGGAGAAAGGACAUUUCUUAAUGUUGGCAUUAGAAAAACAUAAAGGGCUAAUAGUUCUGCUAGCAGUUUGAACAACAACAAAAAAAAAAUUGCAUCCUUAGGACCACAAGUCCACAAAUUUUAACCAUAAAAUAUUGCUUAAAACAAGAACCCCUCAAGAUUGUGCAUUUUAUAAGUAAUGUUGCUAAGUAUUUUUGGGCUACAUCAAAUUUACAGAAUCGUUUCUUUUAGCACAGGGAAAAUCCAACACGGUUGUCCCUAAACAAAGUUUUUCUUUGCUCAUCAGUUGUCCAUCAUCCGCUUACAGAUGGGAUGACUGGAUGUCAUUUUUCUAGCAAGUGGAACUUAACCAGUAAUAAAGGUAGUAGGAGUUUUCUUUAGCAAGACUUGUUAGCAAUUGCUGCUCUAACAGUCAUGCUUAUUUUUUUUAAUUGCUGAUGGUAAAAAAAACUCCAGGUUUUGAACAGCUUGGCAAAUAAUAUUUUGGAUUAUGUCCAUUCUUCUUGUAGCUAUUUUGCUAGUUGCUACUUUCAUAUGUGGUAGGAGUUGAUUACUUCUGAUCUUAAGCACUAGAAUUAUAUUUCCGGUAUUCUCUGCCUCCCAGCAAUUUGCCUCCUUACAGCAAACAGCCCAUUUCAGUUUCAGCUUCAGCACAGCCUGAUUAGCACAAGCUGCUGAUUGUCGGUUGGAUCGGCCUCCUGACCAUCAGCUGUUUCAGGCUGCAGGGAUAGCCAUUGCCUAUUGCUGCCUCCGCGUGCCCCAUUUUUGGCCUCCGCUGUUUGCUGCAAGGAGGCAAAUUGCUGGGAGGGAGAGGCAGAUUUUUUUUCUUGUUUUCCUCCCCAAAAAAGGUAGGUGCUUCUUAUAGUCUGGAGAGUCUUAUACUCCAAAAAAUACGGUAUUUGAUAGAUUCUCCACUAGAGAAAUACCAAGACUGAACCUGAAAAUGUAUGCACACAGAGCCAUAUGAUCUAACCUCUCAAAUGUCAACUCCAUGUUACCUUACCAUUUCUUAAACCAUUUCCCUCUCUACCCUUGCAGUUUCUACGUUUCUGUUCUGCAUAGAUUACAGUGCAUCCAGUUACGUAGAGUAUGUUUUCUAGAUUAAGGCUAUUAUUUUUGGGCUAUAUUUAAUAUUGCUGGAUAAAAUAUCCUAGAACAGGGGUCUCCAACCCCUGGGCCGUGGCAUGCCAGAAACUGGACCACACAAACAAGCAAAGCCCCAUUCACGGGAUGCAGGCAACACACAAAACCACACCAGGGGUGAAAUGCUACCGGUUCAGACCAGUUCAGGCGAACCGGUAGAUUAAAAAAAAUGCUACCUGUUCAAGCAAACUGGUAUUUCCAAUGAUCAGCUGUGAUGGGAGAUUUAUAUUAGCUAGAAUCGUUGGAUUUCCUGCUUUCUAGCUAAUCUAAAUCACGUGGCACAGCACAUUCCCACCCCCCUCGCUGUUCUACUUACCUUUGCAGACUCAGAAGGCUUCAAACUGUUACUUUUUUAGUGCUAUGCGGGCACGCGUGCUCGGUAGCAGGCUCACAGAAUCGUAGCAGACUUCAGAGGAUUUCACCCCUGAACCACACCCCUUCCAGACCGUGGACAACCUCUCCAUGGAAUCCGUCCCUGGUGCCCAAAAGGUUGGAGGCCACUGUCCUAGAACAUUAAAAUUCAGUAAUGUAAGUGGGCCUUUAUUGUGUUUAGGACAGACCAACAUAUCCUUGAAUAUUGAAGUAUCAACGAUUACAAAGCAGAUAGGGGUGAUCUUCUAAAACCAAUCUCCAGAACAAUGCAGGGUCUCGGCAAGAUGUCUGUACUGUACAGUUAAUUUCAGAGGAAUUUGAAUUGGAGACAUUUUCCAGAAUUUUCUCUAGUUUGAAGCUGGCCUGUGCCCGAGUUAAAUACAGUUCAACAAGUGAUGUAAAAAAAAAAUAGGGUCAGUAAUGUCAAGAAAUUACUAAUCUUUAUAGAAUGUGGUUACAAGAUAACAGAUGUUUCUGUUUCAAGAGGAAGCGUAUUUAUUUAUGCAUAAUGUUAAUUUAACAUAGUACUUCAAGCAUUUUUAUAUAUUAACAAGUUAAAAUGAGCUAGCAUUGAGAUGAAGAGAGCAUUUAUUACAUGUAUGUACUUUAAAAAUGCGUUCAUACCUUUGUUAUUUUUAAAGCUUAUUCUGCUUAGGAAUAAAAGUAUGUUUAAGAUGAAUGAAAGGGUAAGAAGUCAGUUUUGCUGUUUUUCUUCUGUGUAAAAUACACACUGUGGUUUCAGG